AUGACCAGGGGUGACUCUCCAAAACCAAAGACUUUCCGCCAUGACUACGCCACCUACAAAAAUGUCUGCCGGGAAAUGGAUUGGGUGCCAAAGUGUGAUUGUCAUAAGGAAACCAAGGAAGGCAUUGUUGCAUUUUCGGCUUAUCAAUCAGCUGCUAAAAAUUACAAAGCAUACGAAACGUGGAUCUUUGAUACAGUUCUCGUCAUCGACGGGAAUUCGUAUGAUGAGUCAAGAGGAAUCUUCACUGCACCUUCUGAGGGGACUUAUGUGUUUACCUGGGCAACUCUAACCGAUCCAAAUAAAAUGACUCAUCCUUUCCUGUGGGUAAAUGGCCAAUUUAAAGGAUAUGCAGCAUUCAAUAAUUCCAUCACUUCACAGAAAUUUUGGAGUAGCGGCUCUAAUACGGUUCUAGUUCGACUGAAGAAAGGUGACAAAGUCAAUAUUGCUUCCGGAUAUAGGGCCACGUAUGCAAGAGAAAAAUAUACUUCAUUUUCUGGAUGGAAGAUGCACUAA